AUGAAUAAGCUCAUUUUAUCACCUAGAGUACAUUUUGGAGAGCAGUCAUGGUGAAUCUCGGAGAUGAGUUACCCGACUUCGAAGUCGACACAAGCCACGGACCAAUCAAGUUCCACACAUUUAUAGAAGGAACGUGGGCUAUCCUGUUUUCACAUCCCGCAGACUACACACCUGUAUGUACCACUGAGUUGGGGCGUGUUGCUGAUUUAAUGCCAAAGUUUGAAAAGCGUGGUGUGAAACCUAUUGCCUUGUCAUGUGAUGGAGUUGAUUCUCACAAAGGUUGGAUCAAAGAUAUACAAGGCUACAGUGGGCUCAGUGGGGAUUUUCCAUAUCCUAUCAUUGCCGAUGAAAAGCGUGAACUUGCUGUCAAACUUGGCAUGAUUGAUCCAGAUGAGAAAGAUGCUGCAGGUCUGCCACUGACUGCCCGUGCUGUGUUUAUCAUUGGACCAGACAAGAAGCUCAAGUUGUCUCUUCUUUACCCAGCUACCACUGGACGUAACUUUGAUGAAAUUCUGCGUGUGAUAGACUCCUUGCAGUUGACUGCCACAAAGAAAGUUGCUACUCCAGUUGACUGGAAGGCUGGUGGAGAAUGUAUGGUUCUUCCCACCGUUAAGCCAGAGGAUGUGCCUAAACUAUUUCCAAAAGGUGUUACUGUCAAGGAUGUGCCAUCAGGCAAAGGAUACAUGCGUGUAACCCCUCAGCCAGAGUAAUGCACAGAGGCAAUGGUGUACCCCACACAUCCUCACCCUUAAUUUCAUGACAGCACAUCCUAUUUAUAGCUAGACUAAUAUAAAGUGAAGGAAAUUUAGUCUGUUAACUUGAUUAUAGUGUACUUGUACUGAGCCUUGGUAAACGUGCCAAAGCUUGAGAAGGAAUUUGAUAAGCUAGGGCUUGAUUCAAUGAUCAACAACAUGUAAUUGCUGAGCUGUCAAAAUAAAGAACUCUGCACAAUUAAAAACAAA